CAACGCAGGGGGAGGCGGGUCCUUGGUCGGCGCCGCAGGGAGGAGGCGCGAGUGGGCGCGGGCAGGCGGAGCGGCGGGGUGCAGGCGGGGGCCGGGCUGCGCCAAUGGGAGCCGGGCCCGGCGAGGGAGGCCGCCCCCGGGCCGCGCUGGAGGCAUAAAAGGCCGGCGCCGCGGCGGCUGGCAGCAGAGCUGCGCGCAGCCUUCCACCAGCUACGGGCUCCAGGCGCUGGCCGCGCUCGCCCGCAUCCGCCCUCUCGCCUCGCAUCCGCGUCCCGCGCUCGCCAAGCCGGUUUGCUGACGAGCCCCGUGCCGCCUGUGUCCGAGCAGCCACCAGUGCGCACCAUGGAGCUGGACCAUAUGACGACGAGCGGCGGCCUCCACACCUAUCCCGGGCCGCGGGGCGCGCCGGCCGCCAAACCCAACGUGAUCCUGCAGAUCGGUAAGUGCCGAACGGAGAUGCUGGAGCACGUGCGGAGGACGCACCGCCACCUGCUCACCGAGGUGUCCAGGCAGGUGGAGCGCGAGCUCAAGGGGCUGCACCGCUCCGUGGGCAAACUGGAGAACAACCUCGAGGGCUACGCGCCCACCGGCGACUCGCAGCGCUGGAAAAAGUCCAUCAAGGCUUGCCUGAGCCGCUGCCAGGAGACCAUAGCCAACCUGGAGCGAUGGGUCAAGCGCGAGCUGCAUGUGUGGCGCGAGGUGUUCUACCGGCUGGAGAGGUGGGCCGACCGGCUGGAGGCCAUGGGCGGCAAGUACCCGGUGGGCAGUGGCGAGCAGGCCCGCCACACCGCCUCGGUGGGCGUGGGGGGACCUGAGGGCUGCUGCCAGGAUGACGGCUACGACUACACCGUCAGCCCCUAUGCCAUCACCCCACCACCGGCCGGCGAGCUCCCGGAGCAGGAGCCCAGUGAGGCCCAGCAAUACCAGCCGUGGGUGACGGGCGAAGACGGGCAGCCGAGUCCCGGGGUGGACACGCAGAUCUUCGAGGAUCCCCGCGAGUUCCUGAGCCACCUGGAGGAGUACCUGCGCCAGGUGGGCGGCUCCGAGGAGUACUGGCUGUCGCAGAUCCAAAACCACAUGAACGGGCCAGCCAAGAAGUGGUGGGAGUUCAAGCAGGGCUCGGUCAAGAACUGGGUGGAGUUCAAGAAGGAGUUCCUGCAGUACAGCGAGGGCACGCUGUCUCGUGAGGCCAUCCAGCGGGAGCUCGACCUGCCCCAGAAGCAGGGCGAGCCGCUUGACCAGUUCCUGUGGCGCAAGCGCGACCUCUACCAGACCCUGUACGUGGAUGCGGAUGAGGAGGAGAUCAUCCAGUACGUGGUGGGCACCCUGCAGCCCAAGCUCAAGCGCUUCCUGCGCCAUCCGCUGCCCAAGACCCUGGAGCAGCUCAUCCAGCGGGGGCUGGAGGUGCAGGACGGCCUGGAGCAGGGGGCCCAGCCAGCUGCUGAAGAGGAGACGGAGGCUGUCACGCCCGCCCUCACCAGCGAGUCCGUGGCCAGCGACCGGACCCAGCCCGAGUAGGGGGCAGCCUGCCCACCGGGCCCAGCCCGGGCUUUUGCCCACUGGGACUCUUGUGCUGGGGCCGACUCCUCCGGCCCUCAUCCAGCCGGAUACCCCCUCAGCCUCGGGCCAGACCUGCACGGACAGACUCAGGCCCUUCCAGACAUGUGCCCUGCCCCCGCCCGGCUCUUGCCCUGUGUCUGUCUUCCCACUCACUCUCUCCGUCUGGGAGCACCCACCCCAGCUGGACAGCCAGCAGCCCCACCCUACACACUCAGACCAUCACAGCACAGCCGGCCACCGGCACCCUCGCUGUUGGCUCCAGUGCCUGGGCACCCUGACAGCCCGCUGUCCGGCCGGCUUGGACUGGCGGGCUCCCCGACUCC